AAGCCAAUCAUGCACCGCAAAAGCACUUACCCCAACGCUCACUUACCGCGCGCGUUACCCCACGCUCCUCUUACUUCACUUUGCUUCCCAUUUUUCCCCUACUCUUCUUUUCACUUCAGUUGUCGCUGUUGCCAAAAGGAUUUUUUCCACUCAUUUCAAGUUUUCUCGGACCCAGUAAUCGACGUUCCGAUUCUAUUUCCAGAAAAAGAAAAUUAAAUUUUAUAACACAAAAAGAAGAGCAAAAAUUAGGAAUCCGAAUCUUGCCCAUCGAAUCCUAAUUCACUCAACAGAAGGAUCAGAUUUGAUUACCACUUUCUCACUUUCAGCUGAACGUUUGAGAAGUGAUUUGGCGUAGAACUAAUCUGUGAAACUGAUUGGAUCAAUGUGUGAAUUGUACAAUCUUGGAUGACCUAAUCUGUAAUGCAAUCUACAAAUUCAAGUAAUAAGAAGUGUUUGAAACGUUCACGAUCAUUUCCAAACGAAAUGCCAGCGACUGAUACAAAUGUUUCAAAGCCUCUAGAGGAUUGCAUCCUGUUUCCUGUUGAAGAAAUAGUGCAAUACCCAUUGCCUGGUUAUGGUUCACCAACUUGUAUAAGUUUUAGUCCGGAUGAUAGUCUAGUUACAUAUUUGCAUAGUCCAAACCAAACUCUAUACAGAAAGGUUUUUGUGUUAGAUCUCAAGAGUGGUAAGCAAGAUUUGUUCUUCAGUCCACCAGAUGGUGGGCUCGAUGAGAAUAACUUAUCUGCAGAAGAGAAGCUUAGAAGGGAAAGGUCAAGGGAGCGUGGUUUAGGGGUAACACGAUAUGAAUGGAUUAAGGCAAGCGCUAAACGAAAGGUCAUUAUGGUGCCGUUGCCUGCGGGGUUAUACUUAAAGGAUCAGAAUGCAGAGCCAGAACUUGAGCUAGCAAGUACAUCCUCCUCACCGGUCUUGGAUCCGCAUAUUUCACCUGAUGGUACCAGGCUUGCCUAUGUGAGAGAUAAUGAGUUGCAUGUGUUAAACCUUCUGUACCAUGAAUCUAAGCAGUUAACAACAGGUGCCGAUGGCAAUGUUAUAGUAAGGACUUGUUCCAAAUGCUUAUUACUGAAUUAUCUGUCUUUAUCUUUUGAUAUGAGUGCUCUACAAAUUUAACUGCUCUUCACAUGUAACAUGCAUCAUCUGACAGUUUUUGUGCUAAUUUAUGCCUUGUUCAUCCUCUUCCUUUGUCAUUUUAUUAUUUGGUAGCUCAAGUAGAAACUUUAUGCAGUUAUUCUUUUGUUUGGUCCAUCUUGUUGACCUCGAUGCUUGGCAGCCACAUAUUGCUCCCUCAGUAACUAGUUCUUGGGGCACAACAAUGAAUUUUAUUAAAAUCUUCACUAACUUUUAAAAAUUCAAAGUGGAACAUACUGAGUUUCA